AUGGACUGGGAUAGCAUCUGCUUCAACGCCGCAACAUUGAUUGCGGGUGUCUUCGUCCUCGACUCUGGCGCAGACAAAUUCCUCGACCACACGGUUAUCGUAGGACAGCGAUUGGGCAUUUCACCAACUUUAAUUGCACUUUUAACUGCCGGUGCCGAAUAUGAAGAGCUUGCUGUCGUUGUUGCCGCUAUCGUUCAAGGCCACAGCCCUCUGGCUUUGGGCAAUGUAGUUGGGUCCGCCAUAUCCAAUAUCCUGGGGGCAUUCUCAUUAGCGCUUCUUGUCCAUCCGGGCCAUAUGGAAUUUGACAAGAGCGCAAAAAUCUACUCGGCCCUUCUUCUCUUCAUCACUACGCUGUUUGUGAUCUUGGCAUUCUUCAAUCAACUGAAUAAAGUGACUGGAAGUCUUCUUAUCGCUGGCUUCGUGAUUUACAUUCUGUCUAUAGGUUAUGCCAUUUAUAAAGGCGUUACUGAAGCGCCUCAGCUGUCUGACUGUGAUAGCGACAGCGACAGCGACGAUGAUCUGCCUGUCCACCAGGACGAUCAUGCGGCUGGUCAGAAUAGUCAGACUUCAAUUUCAGAACAUUCGCCUCUCUUGGCCGACACAGCUCCGUCGCGGGAUCACAAUGGUGCGAGGAAGCCCCCGCGCUCACUUUUCUACCAUCUCUGUCAACUUCUCCUCGGACUGCUUGCACUCUCUCUAUCUGGUUACAUCAUUGCCCACAGCGCAGGCGCCCUCACCCAAUCAUUACAGCUAUCCGGUACCGUCUUUGGCUUGACGGUGAUUGCUUUCGCAACGACUCUCCCAGAGAAAUUCAUCUCCGUGAUGAGUGGCUCCAGAGGCCAGGGUGGCAUUGUUGUUGCGACUACGGCUGGGAGUAACAUAUUCCUCUUGACAAUCUGCAUCGGUGUUGUCGCCGUUACUGGAAUCCCCAUUAACCACACGGAUAAUUUUGUCCUUUUUGAACUAGCGACUGUGUGGAUAUCUGCGUUGGGCUUGGUUGCUAUUGUUUUCCUUGGAUCCAGUCGGAUUGCUGGGUUCGUGCUUUUGGCUGCAUACACCGUGUUCAUAGUGCUUGAGUUCACUGUGUACAGACGGUGA